AUGACUUCACUCUUCAUUGAUGCCUUGUCGGAGCCUCUCGAAGAAAUCGACGAGGACUACCAGCAUCUCCUCUGGUAUGCAGAUAGACUGGGGAGGCAUGUUGCGGAACAGGGUGAGCCCAAAAGCCUCCCCGCGGCACUCACGGGACAAGGCUUUUCCAUCAUCAGCACUUGCUACCGCGCGGGAUUUACUUACAAGUGGAAACAGGGGUGUCGAAUCAAGCAAAAGCCACAACAGGGCUAUUCCCCGUUCUCAGUUCUGAAAAGGUGUCUUCAUCCCAAGGUCGUCUCUUCGCCUCGAGGCGCCGGGUACUUGGAUCGAGCCGCAGUGCGUAUGCCAAGCUACAGUACUCAAAAGGUAGAAAGAAUUUUGGUCACCGGGAAUGUAGAGGAAGGGCUCCCCAAAGUCUUCUCCUCCAUUCGCCAGGGGGUCCAGAUAUACAACUUAAGCAGCGACCAUGUCAUGGUUGCUAGCCUCAUUGAGUUUAUCUGGGGGGAAUAA